AUGGAGGCCGUAGGGUUUCUUAACCAUUUCACUUUGCCUCUUUCGGGUUAUGGCCACAUUACACCAGAGACUCCACUUGGACAAAUCGUCACUGUUUUAUAUACCUUUCUUGGUGUUCCUCUGACGAUGCUAACUCUGAAGACAAUGGGAAAAAUGAUUUCCAAACUGGUUUAUGACUUCGUUUACGCAAUCGAGACGAAGUUUCUUAACAGGACACGACCUUGAAACGUUAAGAUGAAGAGUGUUUUUGUGACAUUUGCUCUCAUGAUUCUGACCGUUUGUCUCGGUGGAUUAGAAGGAGUGUACGUGGAAGGUUGGACUUUUGUAGAAAGCUUUUACACAUGGUUCGCUACACUUUCCACUCUGGGCUACGGUGACUACGUUCUCGGAUGGAGUGUGCUUUUACAAGUUGAAGAAUCUUCAAAUCCAAAAUCUCAGUUAAAUCUUGUUUUGAUCAUCUUUAUUUCAGCUCUCUCAAGCAUGCAAGCUCUGUGUGUGGUUGCUGAUUUUCUAAACUCAUUGGUAGAGUUACUCAACAGGAAUUGA